CUGCGGGUUCGGAGAGCUUCAGUAGGUAGGAGGUGCUGCCGCGGAUCAGUUGUUCCGUGAGGUGGAGGUGAGGGGGAGUCUUCUGGCGGAGACAUGGAUUUAGAUGCUGUAAAAGAACACUCAGCAUUACACGCCAAGCCCAGUGGACUUGUUCUUCAAUAUGGGACUGCUGGUUUUCGAACAAAAGCAGAACAUCUUGAUCAUGUCAUGUUUCGCAUGGGAUUGUUAGCUGUCCUGAGGUCAAAACAGACCAAGUCUACAAUAGGAGUCAUGGUAACCGCAUCACAUAAUCCCGAGGAAGACAAUGGGGUAAAAUUGGUUGAUCCUUUGGGUGAAAUGUUGGCACCAUCCUGGGAGGAACAUGCUACCCGUUUGGCAAAUGCUGAAGAACAAGACAUGCCAGGAGUGUUGAUGGACAUCAUUGUGAAAGCAGCCGUGAAUCUGCAACAAGAUGCCUUCGUAGUGAUUGGUAGAGAUACCAGGCCCAGCAGUGAGAAACUUUCACAGUCUGUAAUAGAUGGUGUGACUGUUUUAGAAGGUCAAUUCCAUGAUUAUGGCUUAUUAACAACACCCCAGCUGCACUACAUGGUGUACUGUCGAAAUACUGGUGGCCAGUAUGGAAAGGCAACCAUAGAAGGUUACUAUGAGAAACUCUCUAAGGCUUUUAUGGAACUUACCAAACAGGCUUCUUGCAGUGGAGAUGAAAAUAGAUCACUUAAAGUUGACUGUGCAAAUGGCAUAGGGGCCCUGAAGCUGAGAGAAAUGGAACACUACAUCACCCAGGGGCUGUCAGUUCAGCUGUUUAAUGAUGGGACCAAAGGGAAACUCAAUCAUUUAUGUGGGGCUGACUUUGUGAAAAGUCAUCAGAAGCCUCCACAGGGAAUGGAAAUGAAGUCUAAUGAAAGAUGCUGUUCCUUUGAUGGAGAUGCAGACAGAAUUGUUUAUUACUACCUUGAUGUAGAUGGUCACUUUCAUCUCAUAGAUGGAGACAAGAUAGCAACACUAAUUAGCAGUUUCCUUAAAGAGCUCCUGUUGGAGAUUGGAGAAAGUUUGAAUAUUGGUGUUGUACAAACUGCGUAUGCAAAUGGAAGUUCAACACGCUAUCUUGAAGAAGUUAUGAAGGUACCUGUCUAUUGUACUAAAACUGGUGUAAAACAUUUACACCACAAGGCUCAAGAGUUUGACAUUGGAGUUUAUUUUGAAGCAAAUGGGCAUGGGACGGUACUGUUUAGUAAAGCUGCUGAAACAAAGAUAAAACAACUAGCAAGAGAAUUAGAAGAUAAGAAAAGGAAAGCUGCUAAGAUGCUUGAAAAUGUUAUUGACUUGAUUAACCAGACAGCUGGUGAUGCUAUUUCUGACAUGCUGGUGAUUGAGGCAGUUUUGAUCCUGAAGGGCUUGACUGUACAGCAGUGGGAUGCUCUUUAUACAGAUCUCCCAAACAGACAGCUCAAAGUUAAGGUUGCAGACAGGCAAGUUAUUAGCACCACUGAUGCUGAAAGACAAGUGGUUACACCUCCGGGGCUACAGGAGGCCAUCAAUGACCUGGUGAAGAAGUACAAGCUUUCCCGAGCUUUUGUCCGGCCUUCUGGUACAGAAGAUAUAGUCCGAGUAUAUGCAGAAGCGGACUCGCAGGAAAACGCGGAUAGCCUCGCACAUGCAGUGAGCCUGGCAGUAUUUCAGCUGGCUGGAGGAGUUGGAGAAGCACCCCAACUAGGUCUCUGAAGACAGUUUUUAUGAUCAUGAGAAACUGGAUUUUUGAAAAGUUUUUACAAAAUAGUACUGCCAUUACUGUGACAGAUUCAAAGACAUUUGUAAUCAAAAUGUUUACAAUGCAUCUUAUUAGAUUGCUUCUAGAAUGGAUUGUUUUUCUUAAACACUACCAUAGUAAUUGUUUAGAAGUAGGUAAGCCUUAUACUUGUUAAAUUUCGUUUUUAAAAAUUAUCCAAUUUCAGUCUCACUAAUGUAAAGUACCUGGGCUUCGCUAUGUGUUUCAGUUGUUAACUUUCUAAUACAUGCAGGGAAAAUUCAUGAGGGCUGCUGGAAAAUUAAACCUUAUUAUCAGCUCCUGGGAA